UUAAAGGCAUAUUUUCGCGAGAUCUCAUCUUAAGACUUGUCUUUAAGCGCCUUAAAGAACUACGUCAUUAAUUUUCCAAACGCAAAAAUGUACGUCUUUUAAGCGUGACGUUUUUCUCAAAGGAUUGACGUUGAAUCUGUGGUUGGAUGUUAGGUUAGGGAGUUAUUGUUGUUGGUCUGUGGAGUUAUUCUUGAGCUUGAGCGUGGCUUUGAGUUUAUUUCGUGGUUUAUUUUGUGGAAAAUAUUUUUGAAAAGUAGGUACUAUUCUUAAAGAAAAUUAUUAAUUAUUACCUUUUCCGAAAUGGGUCCAGUAAAAACGAAAAUUUUGAUAAACGAUUUUUCAAAUGAUAUGUUGGCUAUGCUAUUAUGUUUAUUUCUAAGAAGGAGGCCUACAUUAUUUAGUGCCUUUAUGUAUAUUUUGUGUUUUGAAAGAAACAACCACAUACGAUCCAUAUAUAGUGAAAAUUGGAUUUUCCGAUACAAAAAUGCAGACUUUUAUAUGCAUUUUCGCUUGACAAGAGAUACCUUCCACAAGCUAGUGGGUGUGGUGCAAUGCCCUGAAUUUAGUAAAGCUUAUCAAGGAGGUGGGGUACCUUUGAAUUGUGAAAAAGUGCUUCUUAUGACACUAUGGUUGUUAGGAAAAGGAGACUCCUUAGUCUCUAUUGGAGACAGAUUUGAUGUUGCAACGUCAACAGUUCAUUAUUAUGUUAAUAUAAUGAUAGGAAGACUGGUAGAAUUGGUACCUAAGUAUAUACAGUGGCCGAAUGCCCAAGAAAUUGUAACAAUUGAGAGACAAUUUUAUGAAAUAUGUGGCUAUCCGGGUGUUAUUGGUGCUAUUGACGGAUGUUGUGUAAAUUUUAAGGCACCACUGAAUCAACAGGACAGCUAUAUCGAUAAAAAUGACAAACAUAGCAUCAAGAUUCAAGCUGUAUCAACAGCAACAAGGAUAUUUACCAAUAUAAAUGUUGGAUUUCCUGGCUCUGUUCACGACAGUAGAAUAUUGCAUAACAGUCAACUAUAUAGAGAUACAGGACUAAAUUUGUUAAAGUAUUUUCCAAGUGAACAAUAUCAUCUAUUAGGCGAUAAGGCAUACCCUAUAUUGGAGUGGUUAAUAACACCAUUUAAGGAUUAUGGCAAUUUAACAAGAAGACAAAAGAUUCACAAUUAUAAACACAGUAAAACGAGAAUUCGUGUGGAGCAUACAUUUGGUAUAUGGAAGUCUAGAUGGCGAAUUUUAAGGUACAUCAAUGUAAACUGCCCAAAAAAGGCUGCUAAAAUAAUCGCUGCUUGCUGCGUGCUUCAUAAUUUCUGUUACCAAAAUUAUGAUGAAUGGAAUGAUGAAAUAAGUGAUGUCCUUGAAGACGGCAAUGAUAAUGUUGAAGCAUUACAUAUUAAUAAUGAAAAUAUUGGUAUUCGCAAAAGAGAAAAUAUUGCUAACUCCUUUAUAUAAAUUUUAGUAAAUCAAUAUAAAUGUUAAUAUACACAUUAUGUAGUUUGAGAAAUGAUGAAAUUAAAAAUAAAGAAAAAACAAAUCAAGUAAGACCAUUUUUAUUAAUAAAUUCAAAUUUUUAAAAAUAUUAUACAGGAUGGCCCAUUAGUGCGAGGAAGUCAAUGAUAUCGUUGUUGUUGACAAAGAUAUGAAAAAAUUCUAUAAAGAUAUUGAAUAGUUUAUAAUCGUGCAUAUCCUAAAAAUAUUUUGUAGUAUAGAGGGUGUCCAAAAAAAUUAUGAUAAAGUUUUAAGUUUUUUUUUAAAUUGUAGCCCCACUUUUCCGUACAUAAUUGGAUUCAGCAUAAAAUACUGCAUAAUAGUACACUCUUUUUAUUUUUUGAAAGAAACAACCACAUACAAUCCAUAUUCCAUAUAUAAUGAAAAUUGGAUAUCCGAUACAAAAAUGUAGACUUUUACAUGCAUUUUCGGAUGACCAGAGCUUUCUGAUUCAUCAGAUACUUUCCACAAGCUAGUGGGUGUGGUUCAAUGCCCUGAACUUAAUAAAACUUAUCAUGGAGGUGGGGUACCUUUAAAUUGUGAAAAAGUGCUUCUUAUGACACUAUGGUGGUUAGGAAAAGGGGACUCCUUAGUCUCUAUUGGAGACAGAUUUGACGUUGCAACGUCAACAGUUCAUUAUUAUGUUAAUAUAAUGAUAGGAAGAUUGGUAGAAUUGGUACCUAAGUACAUACAGUGGCCGAAUGCCCAAGAAAUUGUAACAAUUGAGAGACAAUUUUUUUAAAUAUGUAGCUAUCCAGGUAUUCUGCACAAUAGAGUACACUAUUUAUUUGAAGCACUAUGCGGUGUUACCAUUUUAUUUCGUACUAAAACUUUGGCUAAAAACACUAUAUAAGUGUUUAAAACUGUAGUAAAUAUAACUUUAUAAUACUUACUUUUAAAAAUACCAAGAAUACAUCCCUGCUAGAAAUCUCACAUUAUCUUAUACUGCAUAUUUUUUAUACAAACCAUUGCAGUAUGUAGAAUGCUAUAUCUCAAUUUUUUUAUAUGCAACACCAUGUAAUAUAAUUUUUCUUUUAGAUGCAGAAUUAAAACACGGACAUUGUAUGUUUUUUACACUUUCGCAGAUAUUUGUAGUAUAUUGAAAAUGGCUCUUUCAGUAGUUAACUAUAAGGCAAAAAAUCACAAGGUGGCUCUGAUCAAAAUUUACUAUUGAAAGAGCCAUAUGUAAUAUAAUAAUUAAACAUUCUCUCUAAUAUAAUAAUGGUAAUAACUGCUAAACCAUUAAAAAUUAGGAGAAAAAUUAUUACACUUUAAAUAUAAAAAAUGUUCAUUUUAUAAUUCUGCAUCUAAAAGAAGAAAUAAUAUACAGGGUGUUGCAUUUCAAAAAAUGGAGAUAUAGUAUUUUAAAUGUUCUUAACACUAUAAAAUUUACCAUGUAUAAGAUCAUGUAAAUUUUCCCUCGCGGGUUUAUUAAAAUAUAGCUAAGUAUUAAUAAAGUUAAAUUCAUUCUAGUUUAUAACCACUUUUCGGAUAUAGUGUUUUUAACCAAAGUUUCAGUAACUAUGAAAUAAAAUAGCUACACCACAUAGUGCUGGAAAUAAAAAUAGAGUACUAUAUGCAGAAUUUUAU